AUGUCCACUCUACUAGCAUCUCAGCUCGCCUUGGUGUCGCUAAUUGACAACUUCAAUAAGAAAAUUGUUGGUCUUGAGCGAGGCACCCUUACUACUCGCAUAGUUAAAGGAGGCAUUGAGCUUCUAAAAAAUUAUUGGACCAAACUACAGUCCAAUCAUUUAGAACUAGUGACUAAAGAGAGGCUUUUGGACGAGCAGUACUUCGUGGAUAAUGUGUUCGAGCGAACAGAAGCUACGUUCACAGAAGCUUUAGGUCACCUCUAUGAUCAGCGAGAAGGACUGUCAUCAUUGCAUCAUAAAAGCUCUCCAGCCUCUCCUCUGACACUCUACAAUCUUCCUCGGAUCGAUCUUCCAAGUUUUUCCGGUGAUCGAGGGGAUUGGGAAUCUUUUCGUGAUAUGUAUGUAGCGCUCGUGCAUAGCAACCAAUCGUUAAGUGCUGUCCAGAAACUCUAUUACUUAAAAUCUAACGUGCAAGGUGAGGCUAAGCGUGCACUCGAUGGAAUUGCUGUCACGGAGUCAAAUAAUGAGACAGCUUGGUCUCUCAUGUUGAAGCGGUAUGAUAACAGACGUCUUUUUGUGCAGGAGAAUUUGUCAAUUCUAAUCUCCAUCGACCAACUGAGAGAAGAGAAUGCAACUAAGCUCCAAACGUUGCUUGACACCCUAAUCAAAAAAAGGGAUUCAUUAAGAACAAUAGGACGACCUGUCGAGCAUUGGGACGAUUGGUUCACCUUCCUUGCCGCUCGCGCGAUGGAUCCAACCACGCGAAGUGACUAG